AUGACGCACUUCUACCGUGCAGAGCACCACUCGACUCCUUCACCUUCUGAGCUGGGCUGGCAGCGCCACAGUCCACUCGCUAUCGCUGAGCUAGUCAAGAAUACGAUCGAAAUUGGCACAUACGAACUACCGGACAGCGCGCUGGGACACUGGCUACAACAUGGCAUCGAGAAGAUUGGCGCACAAGAUGGAUAUGGUACGGAGGCAGUGUUGGAGUGGCUAAGGGAGGGCAGGCUCUUGAUGAGCCAGGAGUACUUCUGUGGCAAAUUGGACGAUGUCGAAGUCCAGUGGCAAGCGGGCUUACUUCAGUUCUACGAUUCGUACGGUGUUACCAAUGGCAGUGGUACGCAUGUGCGAGUCUGGUUGGAGCCACAGCUGGAUGAACACCUUAGAGAAGACAGCGCUGCCGCCAUGAGGUCGUUUGCCUCAACCUUACUGCAUGAGCUGUGUCACGCCAUGCUAGCAAGGUACAGCUGCGAGAACGGCUGCAACGAGGGAUACUGUCGUAGCCACUGGUUUGUUGAAACCGGUCCGUCAUACCACGGCACAGCUUGGCAAGCCAUCAAGAGCCGCAUCGAGACGGCCUGGGCAGAGCGCCUAGGCUUUGAGAUGAGGUUGUUCUGA